AUGCCUAAAGCAAAGCACGGCAAGCGCAAUAAUGCUGCGCAGGCAAGCAGUCCUUAUGCUCAGGCCGUCGCCAAAACGAAAGCAGCCCACAACAUAUUCCGCAUGAACACAGAUAUAGGCCAGCACGUCCUGAAAAACCCCGGCGUUGCCCAGGCUAUCGUGGACAAGGCUGAUUUAAAGCAGAGUGAUACGGUAUUGGAAGUUGGCCCUGGUUCUGGCAACCUUACGGUCAAAAUUCUAGAAAAGGCUAAAAAAGUGAUUGCGGUGGAAUUAGAUCCAAGAAUGGCUGCAGAGCUUACAAAGCGUGUCCAGGGGAAGCCAGAACAAAAGAGGCUGGAUGUACUGUUAGGGGAUGUAAUGAAGACGGAGGUUCCUUAUUUCGAUGUUUGCAUAAGCAAUACCCCAUACCAGAUCUCGUCUCCGUUGACAUUUAAACUACUCGCCACGACUCCAGCGCCCAGAGUAUGCAUCCUCAUGUUUCAGCGUGAAUUCGCAAUGCGACUCUUCGCAAAGCCAGGCGACAAGUUAUACAGCCGUCUCUCUGUGAAUGCACAAAUGUGGGCUAAGAUAGACCACAUCAUGAAAGUGGGCAAAAAUAACUUCAAGCCACCUCCCGCUGUCGAAUCGAGUGUUGUUCGCAUCGUCCCCAAAGUCCCGCGCCCGGAUAUUAGCUACGAAGAAUGGGAUGGUCUUCUUAGAAUUGCGUUCGUGAGGAAGAACAAAACGUUGAGAUCGAGUUUCCUCGGAACUACUAGCGUUGUGAGUAUGUUAGAAGCUAACUACUGCACCUGGUGUGCCCAAAACAAUAUCCCCAUUGAUGCAAACACUCAAGACAACGAUCAGCAAAUGAUAAUCGAAGAGGGUAAUCAAGAGGAAGAGGAGGUCGAUGAAAUUAUGGAGCUCGAUGACGAGGACGACGUUCCUGAUUUCUUCAAGACUGAGAAAGAUCAGACCGCACCCAAACAAGGAUCCGCGAAACGUGGAAAAGUAACAUCCUUGGUUCGAGAAAAGAUCAGACAAGUCCUUGAAAACGACACUGGGCUUGCAGACAAACGCGCCAGAAUGUGCGAUGAAGGCGAAUUUCUAAAGCUCCUCUGGGCCUUUAAUCAGAAGGGAAUCCACUUCAACUAG